AUGUCAGAAUCAAAUCUUAAUAAACUUCAAAGUAAAGAUUUGAUGGCAAUAAUAGAUAACUUUAAAAAGGAAAAUUCAAUUAAGAAAGCAUAUCAAAAGAGUAAUAAAGAUAUGAUUAAAUUUAUCAGAGAGUACAAAAUCGAUAUUGAAAGAUAUAGAGAAACAAAUCCAUCAAAGCAAUCUACUCCAAAUGGAUUCAAAUUGUAUGUGAAGACAGAGGAAAAUGUUUGGGAUCCUGUGAGGUUUACAUCUAAUAUUUUCAAAUUUCAAUGUGAUGUAGAAAUGGACGGUAUUAUUAAUAUAUCAGAUUACCAGACCAAUAAUAAUAGUAUCAGUUUAUAUUCAGCUAAAGCAAUAGCAAUAAUAGUGAAUAUCAAUAAUUACAUAAUAGUAACUCAUGGUGUAUCAAUAUUUAAAGAAUAUUUUCUCAAGUCCAUUAGAGAAAUAUUGGAUAUGAAUCCAAAAUUGGUUGAGAAUUUCAAGGUUUCCAUACCAGGAAGGUGCCUAAAGAUUCACGAGAGAGAUGGAAGACCGCAUGGUGACUUCAAGACCAUUGGAAAUAUUCUCACUCAUUGGAAAGAUAAAUCAAUUGGCGAUCUACUCAACACCACCAAAUACUGCCAUUUUUGUUGUAGAGAUUUUGGAACUGGUUGCUCUUUCGAAACCACCUUUCCAGAGUUAACAGCAACAGCAACAGCAACAGCAACAACAACAACAACAGCAACAGCAACAGCAACAGCAACAGCAACAGCAACAGCAACAGCAACAGCAACAGCAACAGCAACCACAACCACAACAACAACCACAACAACUUCCAAUAGUGGAAACCUUAAAACAAUUUACUCUCGAUUAAAAAUAUCUAUUUGUUUAAAGUUUGUGAAUACAAUUUCACCCACAACACUCACUCUUGAAGAAAUGGAGAGAUACAACUACGAUAUAGAAGAAAAGGAUAUUAAGACACUCAAUUAUGGGUUCAUGUUCAAUCAUGGCUGUGGAGCUUGCAAAUAUUCGAUUUGUUUCCGAGAACUCGAACAGUUAGUUCAAAAUGGAUUUGAAUCAAUUCGCCAAAUGGUGGUUGCCAACUCUUCUUGCCCCAAAUGCUACCAGAGAGAUUUCCUAAUCAAGUUGAUGGAGGAUUACUUUGGGGAAAAGGUUAAUCUUAUUGACUUGACCCAAAUCCAACCUUUUCAACCUAUCCAGGAUGAUCCAGUCUAUAACAAUACUAUUGUUCUCCCAUGUAAUGGCUGUUUAAAGGAUAUACCUUACACUUUAAAGUACAUCUACCGAUGCUUACUUUACUUAGGAGAGAGUCGCAGAAUAACUAUGCUCUGUAGCGAUUGUCAGAAUGGAAAGUGUUCCACCGAAGUCAUUUUAGACCAUAUCGAUUGUUCAGACCAAUUCAAUUUGUCAGGAGUUGAUCAAAAUGGACAUUACAUUCUUGUUCACUCAAGAUGUGGUAUUCAAACCCCUUACUCACUUGAAGAGUUGAGAAAACUCUACAAUUUGAUGGUUAAUCAAGGACAAGAAGUUUUUCAUCUUCCCUGUUGCUCUCUCAAUUAUCUUCAAGUUUUAGCCAUUCAAAAUCUUCCAUUGUUGGUUGAUAGGUUCCAAAUGAAUAUUCUCGACGAAAGAAACUUGGAAGGCAAGAUCCGAGAAUCAAAGUUUAACAAAGACCACCCAGGUUUUGGAAAGAUUAAGUGUCCAUCAAAUCAUCCACUUGAAAUCAAUUUCUAUGAACUUGCCUAUGGAACCGUUCCUUCAUGUAGUGGUUGUUCAAAUAAUCUCAUCCUUUUAAAGAAACUUGAAGGUCUAUACUCAGAGACAGGCGAUGAAGUAAAAGGUGAAAUCAUCUCUAUGUUGAAGGAAGGUCAGGAUGGACAAGAUAUUAUAUUUGGAUUCAAAGGAAAAUGUGGUCACUUACAACUUUCCUCUGGUCAAAAGAUAAUGAGUACCAACAACAACAAUUAUUUAUUGUCUAGAAUAUGCAAAGAAUGUGCUCAGAUAACUUGUCCAAAAGGUCACACGUAUAUAGACCCCAAUCCAAAUUCUAAGUUACCAUAUCCAUGCCCAGGCUGCAUCACAAGAGGACUUCGAUAUGAGCAAUUUGUAAUGGGUGCAAUUCAUUUUUUACAUUUAUCAGUUGACCCAACCUAUGACUAUUUCAAGUUAGCUAUCGAGGAGAAAAUAUCUGAUUCUAGUUUAAAGAGAUCAGAGUUCACACUGUCAUUCAAGAUAUCUUUAGAUAGAACAAAGUUGGUUCCAUGGAAUUGCAAAUCUGGAUCAAAGUUGAUCAAGAUCAGAAUAGAGGUAGAUGAAAACAAUCACUUUUGUAGUACAUUGAUCAAGACAUCAGAUAGUCUAAAGAAUGAUAUUAUUCUGAAUGCCAGAUCCAGUAUUGUAGUGACACAUAUGUUGAGAAUAUCUUAUGGAUUUUUGGAAUCUGAAUGCAAUGUUGUCAGAAAACGUGAAAGAUUAAUGGAAAUCAUAGCGUUAUGCAUUCAGCUCUCUAUUAAACACAGAUUACCACAUCUCUAUCUCAGUGAUAAUAGCUACACUACAGAUUGGAUGGGUUCAAAUAGAGUUACGAUUAUGGAUAAGCAAUUCCCACAAGGUUCACCAAUGGUAUCUCUCGGUGAUUCUACAAUUCCUCUCACCCAAUUGUUGGACUUCUUUGGAAGUUGUGACAAUUUGAUACCAACCCAUGUUGAGUACUCUAAGGAAGAGGAGGUUCAAGUUAGAAAUCAAGAUGAAUUGUUCGGUGUACUCAGAUCACUCAAAGAUAGUAUUCAAACUAAAUCAGUAAUCAUCAAUUCAUUUGAAAAUGGAAUUCGACCUAUUCUGAUUAUUAGUUCUCCAUCAUUCAGAAUGAUUAUCUUAACUUCUCAUGGAGUGCAUAAUCAAUACAAUCAAUUCAUUUCACAACUCUUGGAAGCAAUCUUUGAUUGUAGAGUUUUACAUUUCACCUAUCACAAUGGAAAUGGAAUUAUUAGUUUAGCACAAGAUAUAUAUCUCCAAUCAAAGCAAUUAUUGAAUAUGAAUAUUCUAGAUUUAAUACAAACAUAUUUGCAUCUAAUUAAAUCAACCCACAAAAAAUACGGAUGUAAUUCAUCUCUUCAUCAAUUCAGAGAGAUUGAUGAUUUAUAUUAA